AUGUGGAAGCCGGACGUCUUCAGUGACGACCUGAUUUUGAAAAAUCAAAGAUAUCUGAUGGUUUCGGGGAAAGUGUCGAAUGUGGAGGAUAGAGUUAAUAUGGUUAAUUUACACGCCCCUAACGAUGCUAGGCAAAGAAGAGCCCUGUGGGAUGAGAUUUCGAUGCUGAUCAGGCAAUACGCAGGGAUAUGGAUUUUCUUUGGUGAUUUCAACGAUGUCUGGUCUGAAGAGGAACGGGUAAAUUCCAGAUUCGACUGUGGUGCAGCCGAUGCUUUCAACGGGUUCAUUACGAGGGCUGAGCUUCUUGAAUAUUCCAUGAUAGGUGGUAAGUUUACUUAUAUAUCCGGUCAUGCUGAUGUAAAACUUAGUAAGCUUAAUAGGUUCUUGGUCAAUGACUUGUUUAUGAGCCGAUGGCCUUGUGCAAAAGUUGAAGUUCAGUCGAGGGGUUUUUCUGAUCACUGCCCGAUUUCUUUAUGGUGCAACAAUACUGAUUUUGGUCCUAUUCCGUUUAAUUUUUUUAGUUCUUGGGUGGGAGAACAAAAAUUGUUGAGUAUUGUUCAAGAUGCUUCAGCGGCCGAUUUAGUAGGGGGUAAAAAAGAUGCUGUGUUAGGCACGAUUCUAAAACGAAUUAAAGGGGAUAUCAAAAAAUGGAGAAAAGAGGUUAAUGAAGCUGAAAAUAUGGAAGUCAACGAGAUGGUCAAGACUAUUGAAGAGAUCAAAUAUAAAGCUACUCUUGGGCCUAUUUUGGACAGUGAUAAAAAGAUCAGAAUGGACCUCAGAGUUAAGGUCAGAGACAGGGAGCAGGUAAAAGCAAAAAAUAUGCAAUAA